AUGCGAGGAUUCUACCACGACCCGUCUACAAAGUCGAACUUGCCACUUCACGUCAACGUCCAGCAAGACCUUCUCAUCACCAAGUACUUCACGAUUUUCUCCAGGGGCGAUGCCUCGAAGGUCCGAACGGCAAAUAAUGGGUUCGACUGCCGUGUCGAUCUGAUCCACGACCUCUGGGGUUUCUGUCCGACCACCGUCAUCUCUGCAACUGACUGCGGUCUGGCGGGAAGUUGCGUCGAUAAACAUGGGUGUUCAAAGGGAUGGGGGUUCACCAAUGCCGCCCUGACAACGUUUACUUGCUCCGAUCCUUCAGCGCCGUUUUGUUCUACAGCACUUCUCACCCUGCCAAACAACUUGGGCCCGUUUACAUACCUUGCCUGUGGAAAGGGGCCCAGCACCGAUAACUACAUGGCAUUUACCACAAAAGCCGAGAGCAGCGCAUCUUCGACCACAGUAUCAACCUCAGGGAACCCACAAUCUUCAUCCACCACAGCAUCUACCUUGACUCAAGUCGAUGCAUCGGCGUCUGGUUCCGAGACCACUAUCCCUCAAGCUGAAACUAUUGGGCAGCGAGGUUCGACAAACGGCGAGAACACCCAGACAAAUAACAUUGGCGCAAUUGUAGGCGGCGUGAUAGGUUCUAUCGCACUCUUGUGCGCCUCAGGUAUCGUCAUUGUCUGGUUGCUGAUACGGAAUCGCAACAGCGCCAAGACACCCAAAGUUGGCGUGGCUCCUAUCCCGAAGCCUCUUGAAACACAAUCACCAGAUCAUAAAACAGUAGCCUGGACACAUUACAGCCACGCUGGCUGGGGCCCACCGGAGUUACCAGCAUACCACGGCAACGGAUCCAACACGGGUCCAGUGGAGCUUCCCGCCAUAAUGUAUCCCAGCAGAGAGUAA